UCGGGUUUGUUAUCUUUUUUUAUAACAUACGAGGAACAAAAGUUUCACUUUCGUUAUAAAAUACAAUGAUUUAAAAAAAAGUUAAUGAUAAGUAAUGUAAAUUUACAUAUAUAAUUAAACAGUCAUUUGAAAUAUCAAAGAGGUCGAAAUAAAUUGAAAAUCUAACUACCUAGAUGCUUCGAAAUAUUUCAAAAGAAGGUUUUAAAAGAAUGAACGAGUCUUCACAUGUAUCAGAAUUAGGAGAGUUUAACUAUAAUAAAAAGUUACCUGAAGAACCGAACAGUCUACAAGUACGCUCGAGAUCUCCAGAAAGUAUAAAUUCAAGCUAUGCUGAUCUAUUUGAAACAAGUGGUGUUGAAAUUAAUGACUACCUUGGUUCAUCUUCUCAAGAUAUAGUGGUGAACCAUGUAACUUAUAAUUUAAACAAGUGUAAAGAAAAAGUUGUGAUACCGUAUUAUAGACUGCUUUGUUUUAUUGGUUGGAGGCCAUUUGGUAAACAGUUUCAUCAGCCAAAUUAUUGUGUUAGUCUAUUGAAUAUUAUUUAUACAAUAAUGAUCUUUGCUAUACUUUUAUUUUGGUAUUUUAUUCAACUUUAUAAUUGCGUGGGCCAUUUGGUUCUUAUACAGCCAGCUUUUCCAAUUUUAAAGCCAAAUGCUACAACAAUUAAUUGGACAAAUACAGUUCCAAGCAAUAACUUUCAUUUGGAUUUAAGUUCAUGUCGCCAUGCAUUAAGCACAUAUAUUAUUCCAGAUAUUCUGCAUUUUUUGGCUUUUGUUAUUGGUUUUUACUACUUUCGAGUGAAAGAGCAUGAGGCACUUUAUGCCCUUAUGGAAAAGGUAUACUUACAGAGCACCUGUCCAAUCAAAAUGACCACCAGUUUGAGAAUUUUUUUGGCAUCUGGUCUACUCUGGUUUCUUUUUUCUCUUGGAAUAAUGGCUUUUUCCUUUCAAGCAUUUAAGAAUGACAUUUUUAUCUUAAAAAAUUGGAAAUCAUAUGCGGUGAUGGUUCUGAUAUUUCUUUCUAAUGCUUUGGCAAAUUGUGUUGCCUUGGCGGUAGUGUUAAGUUAUUGUGGUCAAUGCAAACUUCUUGUUUAUUAUUUGGAUGGUGUUAUGGAACGAUUGGAAGCAAAAUCUACUGAACUAAAAAUAGCAAUGAAGGAUGUUCUUGCUAUUAAAUCUCACUUCAAUCAGCUAAAUGGACUCUUUUCUUUCAGUACAUCAUGCAUUGUAUUUAAUAUGAUCAUAUUAGUGUUGAUAACAUCAGUACUACUCAUAGAUUAUCAACCACUGCAACCAAUAGAACAUUUGAUAUAUAGAAUUUGCUUUGGAAUACAGUGGACAGUUAUUCUUUUGUUUGUUCUUGUACAGGCAGCAUCAUUGACUUCACGUUCUGAAAAAUUAAAAGAAAAAGCUUUAACAAUUCGUGUAUUUGGAUAUCAAUCAAAUACAGAAGCUGAAAUCGAUUCAUUUCUUAACUUUUUAAAUAUGACUAGACUUGAGGCAGAAAUAUUUGCCAUACCUGUUAAGUCUCGAUAUUUGUGGGGUAUAUUGAUAAUUAUGAUUCAGUCAUUGAUCAUCGUUCUUCAGACUGGUCCUUUAUUUAAUAAUUCAAAAUGGAUGUAGCACUUACAAAAAUAUUUAAUUAUUCUUUUUUAUUAUAUUUUAUUUUUCAAAUAAAAAAAAAUUCGAGAACGUCUUAUUACCAUAAGUGUUCUUAAAUAUUACUAUACACGCUAAAUACAUAAUGCUAAAAAUAUUGUUAUAUGCAUACCUGUUUAUACAUGUUAUUAAAUGUAUGUGUGUGUAUGUACACACACAUAUAAUUAUAUACAUAUAUAUAUUCAAUUUUGUGUAAAAUAUUGUUAUAAAUAUUUUUAUAUGGAGUACAAAUGGUUUGAAUAACAAAUUUGGUUACAAAUAUAUUU